AAUUAAACAGGUAUUUAUUAUGUCACAAUUCGAUUGACAGCGCGCAGAUUAAACACGGUUUGUGAGUUUUGACGUGGAAUGAAAGACACAAAGUUGCUGAACAACGAAGCAGAAGCUUCUGUUUCGAUCGAGAGCAGGACCUAAUAUCAAGAAUGUCUUCCGUAAAAUCUUCAAAAUAUGUCCUCAGUGUUGGACAAAUAUGUGUUGACUUAAUAACGAUAUGCGAGUCAUAUCCAGAAGAAGAUUCUCAAAAUGGUGCUCAAGCCCGAUAUUGGCAAAGAGGUGGAAAUGCCGGAAAUUUUGCUGAAGUUAUUUCUCAUCUCGGUAACAAAGCUGAAUUCAUGGGAACUUAUCCAGAUAUUAGUAAGAUGAAACAAUCUAUUAUGGGAAGCCAGGAAGCCAGAUACUGCUUGUCAGAACUCGACCAAGCCGGUGUCAGUUAUGAACAUCUUGCUCUCCGGGAUUGUCAAAGCUUCCCUUCAACCUCAAUUAUAUUGAGUAAAGCAACCGGAACUCGCACUAUGGCCCAUUACAGGGGGCCGCUGGAUGAAUUAACUAUCGAAGAUUUUGCUGUUCUUGACUUGAACAAAUAUUGUUGGAUACAUUUUGAGGAUAGAGAAAAUUGCGAUGUCAUGGAAAAACAAAUCAAAAUAAUUCAACAACAUAAUUCAACUAAAAAGUUAGAGAAUCGAGUAUCGGUGUCCGUGGAACUAGAAAUGCCAGAAGACGCGUCACUCACUAAAUUGAUUCCUUUAGCGGAUUUGAUCAUUAUUAGCAGUUACUUUGCUCGUCAUUUGGGAUUUCAAUCUGCUUUGGAAUGCGUUGCAAAUUUACGUCAUCAAUUGAAAGAAGGGGGGGACAUUGUCUGCUCGUGGGGCGACCUCGGUGCAGCUCACGCGAGGAAUGUUCCAGGUGAUAUUGAGCAACUUGUACCGGCUGUAGAACCAGAAACAGUCGUAGAUACUCUCGGGGCUGGAGAUACGUUUCAAGCUGCUCUGGUACAUGCCAGAUUAAACGGAUUGGAUCUCAACAGCGCUGUACUGUUUGCCUGUAAAGUCGCCAGCAAGAAAAUUGCUUCGAUCGGCUACAACAGUGUUAUCGGGAUGGGUAUCAAUUAAAAAAGAAGUCACAGAUAAUUGGAUGCGAUAGCGCAAUCAGCGUAAUUAGACACGUCAGUUGACAUAAUGAUCGUUUUGCAUUUUUUGCUGGCACUCUUCUUCUUUUUGUUGUUCUUUGACACGCUUUUAAAUAGUCGCUUUUCUCUUUGAUUACUGGACCAAUUGCUCUGAAAUUUUCAGUGGUUAAAGAUAAAACUGUCCAUAUAUUUGAGCAUAGCUCUCUUGUUGUAUUGAUUUUUAUCAUAUAACAAAACAUCUAUCUCACCUUAAAUUCGGUGACAGCACAUUUGAACCCACACAUUUGCACCCGUAUAUCCGCGGGUUCAAUCUAUAUGCGGGUGCUAAAAUCCAUGGGUUAGGGUUAGUAUGGGUUCAAAUAUCAAUAGGUGCAAAUUUCCAAUAACAAUAGUAUGCAGGUGCAACUGUCGUCGGUUCAAAUGUAAUGGAACCCUAAAAUUCAUUUAUACAUAAUAGUUUUUGUAACAUUUUAUAUUGACGUACUAAACACUUUGUGAUCUCAUCAUUAACAGAUAAGAACAAUUGUUUGUACAUUCAUUUUUAACUGCUCUCGGGACUGCCAGUUAUUAGGGCCAGGCACUCCGAAUCGAAUAGUAAAAUAUUCAAAUCGGUGCAGAGCAAAAUUUGGAAUCGCCUACAUCUUCUUUUUUCUUUCCGCCAAUGGUCGAGGUGAAUUACCCAAUUUUUUUUAAUAAAGUCAUAUUUUUUCAAUACAAUUCUGACAUACGA